AAAAAGGUUAAGGAGUGCCAGUUUCCUCACCACAUUGCCGGCAGACAGGAGCAACACUCAGAUUGAGAGCAUGGAGAACCUCAGGGGUCUUAUACCAAAACAUCAGUAUUUUAUAAGUGUUUUCUUUAUAUACUACACAUAUAGAAGAUCUGGAGGCAGACUCCCAAAUCCUACUCCAUUGAUCCAAGGCAAUAUCACGUUGGAGGAUUCAAGGCCAUUUGCACAUAUAAAGGUGUGUAUCAAUAGAAAGGGGACAGGUAUCUUGAAGCAGCUUAUAAGUAGAGGAAAUUAUGCCCUGUUGUUGUAUGGACCCUGAAUGCAGAUACGUUUUAAGUGAGUAAGUUUCUCAA